AUGGACAACGAGCACCCUCAAAAUGCCCUUUCCCUUGAUGGACCUGCCGAACAGUGUUCACCUUUGAGCACACAACCCCCUUUGGAGACAACAGAUACCAUGCAGGGUGCAGCAUCAGAGUCGGUGGGGCAGGGGCAAGAGGAUGGCAGGAACCCAAAGCCUGCAAGACGAAGGGAGGUGGAAGGAGUGCCUAAGGGGGCCAUAUCGUUGUCAAGACUUGUUAACACGCUUGGACUUGGAUUGGGGGCUGCAGCCUGCUGGGGGGGAUGGAAAGGAGGGGUCAUAAGGGCUGGAGGGGGAUUUGUUUGGGGCGUUGCACUUGGCUGUGCAGCAGGGCUGGGAAUAACCAGGCGAUACAACAGAAACAGGAGGUCAAAGCACCUCAAGCUUCAAUUCCUGGGCCAUAACCUCUCCAGCAGGGUGAUCUUGGAUGUGCUUAAGUGCACCGAUCCGCACAACAUGCCCAGUGUCUUCUCCAGCGAACGCGUCGAGUCUGUCAACCGCACCUUGAAGCAAAUAUGGCCAUUCUACGAACCUGUGAUUGGCAAGCUGAUCGUGGAGACAGUCACUCCCUUGUUCGAGGUGUGGAAGCCAUCCUUCAUAAAGACGAUCAACUUCGACAAACUGACGUUUGGCGAUGUGCCCUUCAGCAUCACACAGCUGGAGGUGCUCAGACACGGGGAGGAUGAGUUUGUGCUCCAGGCUGCCAUCAGGUGGGAUGGCACGGCGAGCGUCUCGCUGAUGGUGGAGGCUGGUGGCGUCAAGAUGGUGCCAAAGGUGGAUAAGCUUGACUUCUUUGCCAACGUACGCAUAGCGCUCACCCCCCUGGUGCCGAUUCUGCCAUGCUUUGGGGCCAUGACCUUGGCAUUCAUGAAGCCUCCGAUGGUGAAUUUUGAAAUCUCCAUUGGCACGCCUCUGAUGGGCUUCAACUCCACCACUGUGAAGGACUUCCUCACCAACUUUGUGGUGCACCACAUCUUUGGGGACCUGCUUGUGUGGCCAAACCGGAUCGUGAUUCCGAUUCUUCCAGAGGAAGAGAUUGGAAGCAUCGAUCAUCUGUACAUGCAUACACGAGGGGUGCUGCGGGUGGUUGUGAAGGAAGCUGAUGGGAUGGGCGUGUAUGGUGACAGGACAGCAUGGAAAGUGUAUCUUCAGACUGUUGCAUCCAAAUCGCACUGCACAAAGGCCAAGUCGGGUGAUAGCAUCGUUUGGGAAGAAGAACACCACUUGCAGGUGGUGGAGUUGUGUCAGGGCCUCCAUGCCACAGUGGUCGACAGAAAUUACCGCUAUGUGGACCCCUUGAUGGCAUCCACCACGAAACUGGAGACUCAGCAUGGGCGUAAGGUCGGGAGUUGCUUUGUUGACAUCCAUGACCUUGAGGCUGGUGUGCCGGUGGACUCAUGGUAUGAGCUCAUUUCAACGGCCAAAGAAUCAGGAACGCAGCGCCUCCAUCUACCCAACCUUCGACAGGCAGCGCGGGUUUGCUACCAUGGAGCAAGAACUAGUUACAGGACCACAAAGAUGGGAAUCAAGGCCACGGGCAAGACAGCAACGAGGGCCGUGGACGAGUUGGUGAAGGAGUCCAUGGCAGUAGGCGCCAAGACCGUCAACGUGCUUUCCAAGGCUUCGGACAAGCUGACAAGAAAAGCUGUGAGCAAGUGGCACUCUGUGGCUGUGGGCCACCUUCCCCAAGAGGUCGUGGCCGAUGGCAGAAGCGCUUCAGGGUCAUCUGCUUCUGUGGAGGGCGAUCUCGAGUUGCACCAAGAGCCGCCCAGAAGGAGGCGCCGGGACCGUCUGCUUUCCAAACUGGGAUUGGCAAAGAGCAGGUCUGAACCAUCUCUGGACACUGACGCUUCCACGUCUGGUGAUUCGCCAGCUGCCAAAGCGGGCUCCAACCAUGCUUCUAAGCACUUGUUGGGUCAAAAGGGAUCUGAUCCCGGGGAUCCUGAAGCAAAGGGUGGACUGGCCCCACAGGCGACAGAGGAUCAUUCCAUAUGGCACAAUACCUCGCACGCCUUGCACAAACUGGGGCACCCCCUGGAAACACUGCACAAGUUGGGGCGACACAAGAAGAAAUCGUCCAGUUCUGCCGCUGCUGAUGGGUCUGCUUUAUCGACCGAGCAACAAACAACUUUGGUGGAUCGGGUUGGGGUGCUGCAAGCCACGCCUGAGCACAGUGGCAUGGGCCUGCUGCCAGAUGACCCCCCAGAGGCACGUACUGUAUCAUAUUCUGGCUCUUUGGGCUCCAGUGGGGAGGUGCCUGGAGAUGUUGAUGAUCACAGUCCAGGACCACAUCAAAAUUCUUCGCCCCACAGUGAAGAAUCAUCGCAGAUAGGAAAAGAGCACGAUGGACCGAGGGUCGAGCAGCCAAAGAAACAAAAUGAGCCAUCUACGUCUGAAAUCCAGCUGCCAGGGGAUCUGUCCGAUGGGGCUGAAGAAUCGGAAGGCUGCAGUGUGGAGAGUUGGUCAGCUGUCGAUGGGGGGCACGGUCUGAGGGAAGCCCUGGGUGAUGUUGAGGUGGAGGGAUCUACUACAGCAACACAUCGGCUGGAUGCUGCUCACGCCAUCCACAAAGCAAGCUCUGCGCGUUCCGUACUCACUAUAGCUUCAGACGACAGCUGGGACACGGUGACUCCCAGAGAAACUGGUCCGCGCUUGCGGCUGGAGCUCACCUACAUGCCCCUUGACUGGCUGAGGCGUGGAUGCCUCAGUACCACACAGCAUUCUGUGCACCAUGGGCUGCUCUUCUUCAGGCUGCUAAGAGGUUUCAACCUCCCAGCAGGUCUGCAUGAGCCGUACUGCGAACUGAGGCUGGUCAACACCAAGACUGGUGAAGAGCGCGAAACUAAGAUCUCCAGGGCCAUGAAACAGGUCCACAAUUUCUACAUAGAAUGGAAUGAGAGCUUCGAGUGGUUCAACGUCAGUGUUGAUGAAGUGAUGACCAUUCAGGUGAUCGAUGAGGGCAAGAUCAGGGUGAAGCAGGUGGGACAUUCAGAGAUCCCAAUGUCUGACGUGGCAGCUGCAGUGGACCCAUCCCAUGCCAAGGUGCUGAUCGAGACGCUCACCCUUGAGGGCAGCAAGGGAGGACGGGGCGGGGGCAAUGGGGACCUUGAGGUCGAAAUGGAUUGGGUGCCACUCGACCACAAUCCCAUCAAGGGGAUCGAAUCAGGGAACUGUGGGUUGGUGGGCGCAAGGGAGGUUGGUGCUGGGAAGAUGAGGCAGCGGGGGGUGUUGCGGAGGGGCUGCCUGCAUGUGCGGCUACUCUGGGCAAGAGACCUGCAGAAUGUGGACUGGGUGGGGAAGAGCGACCCGUAUGUGGUGAUGAGGGUGAAUGCGAACCAGCUACAGUCAAGUGUGGUGCAGAAUGAUCUGAAUCCCAAGUGGUGUGAAGAGUUCGAGUGGCGCAGCGUGAAGGACAAUGACAUCCUGGCCAUCGAUAUUCUGGACAGGGGCACCAUCGCAGACAGAGUGUUGGGACGGUGUGACGUGAAGAUCAGUGCAGCUGCUACCAAACCAGGAGAGGUGCAGAAGCUGAAGGAAGUCUUGCUGUCAGCCGACAUGACUAAACCAGCGGGCGGGACGAUCGCCCUAUUGAUGCACUUCCAUCCCACCUCUUCGUCGGGCGACGAGGCGGAUAGAGUCUCCCCAGUAUGGCCGGAACUGACCCCAGAUGACUUAUAA